AUGCCAGAGGUUCAGCGAUACACCCAUCCCCAUGCAACCACUGAACACCGGCUUCUAGACGAACGAAACACCCACGACGGCAUCAUCGCUGGCCUAAUAAUGACAUAUGCCAGCUUUCUUAUCCUCACUCAAACGAUCAUCAACUAUAGCGAAUCCAUCUACUACGGCUACGAUUCUGAGUCCGUACAAAUCAUCACGCACGCCCCCCUGGUGCUAGCUGCUACGACCUGUGACGAGGGCCACCAACCCCCCUUUGUCUUGGACGCAUGGUUUCUCGAACCCCAAUGUCAAGAUCCACUAGUCUUUUGA